AUGGGGAUAUUGUACGAGGAUGCUGUAGUGAUAAGUCAAGGAGAGAAGCCUGGAGAGUUAACUAAGAUUACUGUGAAUUGUCCUGAUAAAACUGGACUUGGUUGUGAUUUGUGCAGGAUUAUCUUGCUUUUUGGAUUAAGCAUUAGUAGAGGAGAUGCACAAACGGACGGGAAAUGGUGCUAUUUAGUGCUUUGGGUGGCGGGGAAGCCUAACACAAGGUGGAAUUUGUUGAAGAAUAGGCUAUUAGAGGUGUGCCCGUCAUAUUUUUCAACCUCAGAAAUUGACUACUACAAACCUGUGAACCAACCACCAAAGCUGCCGGAUGUAUUUCUGUUGAAGUUCUGGUGCUCUUAUGACCGUAAAGGCUUUUUACAUGAUGUAACUGAGGUUUUAUGUGAGCUGGAGCUAACAAUAAAAAGAGUGAAGGUGUUCACCGCUCCAGAUGGGAGAGUGAUGGACCUCUUUUUCAUCACUGAUAAUAGGGAACUUCUUCACACAAAAAUGAGACAGGAGGAAACAAUUCAUUAUCUGAAGAAUGUAUUAGGGAAGGCCUUGGUUAGUUGUGAGAUUGAAUUAGCUGCGGCAGAAGUUACUGCAUGUUCUCAAGGUUCAUCAUUUCUUCCUCCUGCUAUCACAGAGGACAUGUUUAUUUUGGAGCUUCCCAACAAACAGCGAAAUGGCUUUCUUGCUCCCAAUCCUGUCUCUGUUACAGUGGACAACACCCUGAGCCCCUCGCACACACUCAUUCAAAUUCUCUGCAAGGAUCACAAGGGUCUCAUUUACGAUAUAAUGAGAACCCUAAAGGAUUAUAAUAUCCAGAUUUCUUACGGACGCUUCUUUGCAAACCGAAAAGGAAACUGUGAGGUAGACUUGUUCUUAAUGCAAGCAGAUGGCAAGAAGAUAGUUGACCCUAACAAACAGAAUGCUUUGUGUUCUCGUCUGAGAAUGGAGCUCCUGCGUCCUCUUAGACUGGCUGUGGUUAGUCGAGGCCCUGAUACCGAGCUGCUUGUUGCUAACCCUGUUGAGUUGUCUGGCAGUGGCCGGCCACUUGUCUUCCAUGACAUUACACUGGCUCUCAAGACUCUAAACAUCCACAUCUUCUCGGUAGAGAUAGGAAGACACAUGAUACACGAUCGGGAAUGGGAAGUAUACCGAAUACUACUUGAUGAAGGGGAUGCUUUACCCGUGUCCAGGAACAAGAUUGAGGAGGGUGUGAGAAAAGUAUUGAUGGGUUGGGAAUAG